CGGCGGCGGCGGCACCAUGAGCGGCCGGAAACGCAGCUUCACCUUCGGCGCGUACGGAGGGGUGGACAAGUCCUUCUCCCCUCGCCGGAGUGUGUGGAGGAGUGAUGGACAGAAGCAGCGCUUCCCUCAGGCAUUAGACCUGUCACGAGUGGACUUAGUUCCUGCCCAUACUGCUUCCCCCUACCCCGCGGUAAAGAACACAGAUCUGUUUGCGAUGAUUGAAAAGAUGCAGGGAAGCAGGAUGGAUGAACAAAGAUGCUCCUUUCCACCACCUCUCAAAACGGAGGAGGACUACAUUCCUUACCCAAGUGUCCACGAGGUCCUGGGGCGAGAAGGGCCCUUCCCCCUCAUCCUGCUACCCCAGUUUGGGGGCUACUGGAUUGAAGGCACCAACCAUGAAAUCACCAGCAUCCCUGAGACUGAACCACUACAAUCCCCCACCACCAAGGUCAAGCUGGAGUGCAACCCCACUGCGCGCAUCUACCGGAAGCACUUUCUCGGCAAGGAGCACUUCAAUUACUACUCACUGGACACUGCCCUUGGCCACCUGGUCUUCUCACUCAAGUACGAUGUCAUCGGGGAUCAGGAGCACCUGCGGCUGCUGCUCAGGACCAAGUGCCGGACGUACCAUGAUGUCAUCCCCAUCUCUUGCCUCACUGAGUUCCCCAAUGUGGUCCAGAUGGCCAAGCUGGUGUGUGAAGACGUCAAUGUGGACCGAUUCUAUCCUGUGCUGUACCCCAAGGCCUCCCGGCUCAUCGUCACCUUUGAUGAGCACGUCAUCAGCAAUAACUUCAAGUUCGGAGUGAUUUAUCAGAAGCUUGGGCAGACCUCUGAGGAAGAGCUCUUCAGCACCAAUGAGGAAAGCCCUGCCUUCGUGGAGUUCCUUGAGUUUUUGGGCCAGAAGGUCAAACUGCAGGACUUCAAGGGGUUCCGAGGAGGCCUGGACGUGACUCACGGGCAGACAGGGACCGAGUCUGUGUACUGCAACUUCCGCAACAAGGAGAUCAUGUUUCACGUGUCCACCAAGCUGCCCUACACAGAAGGGGACGCCCAGCAGUUGCAGCGGAAGCGGCAUAUAGGAAAUGACAUCGUCGCGGUGGUCUUCCAAGACGAGAACACACCCUUUGUGCCCGACAUGAUCGCAUCCAACUUCCUGCAUGCCUAUGUGGUAGUGCAGGCUGAGGGGGGUGGACCUGAUGGCCCCCUCUAUAAGGUCUCAGUCACUGCAAGAGAUGACGUGCCCUUCUUUGGGCCCCCCCUCCCAGACCCUGCUGUGUUCAGAAAGGGGCCCGAGUUCCAGGAGUUUUUGCUGACGAAGCUUAUCAAUGCUGAGUAUGCUUGCUACAAGGCCGAGAAGUUCGCCAAGCUGGAGGAGCGGACCCGCACUGCCCUUCUGGAGACGCUGUACGAGGAGCUCCACAUCCACAGCCAGUCCAUGAUGGGCUUGGGCAGUGACGAAGACAAGAUGGAGAAUGGCAGCGGGGGAGGCGGCUUCUUUGAAUCUUUCAAGCGGGUCAUCCGGAGUCGCAGCCAGUCCAUGGACGCCAUGGGACUUAGCAACAAGAAGCCCAACACUGUGUCCACCAGCCACAGCGGGAGCUUUGCCCCCAACAACCCUGACCUGGCCAAGGCAGCAGGAAUAUCAUUGCUCAUUCCCGGGAAAAGCGCGAGUAGAUUCGGACGCCGGGGCAGCGCCUUAGGCAUAGGAGCAGUGGAAGAGUCACUCAUUGUCCCUGGGAAGAGCCCCACAAGGAAGAAGUCAGGCCCCUUUGGCUCCCGCCGCAGCAGUGCCAUUGGGAUCGAGAACAUUCAGGAAGUGCAAGAGAAGAGGGAGAGCCCCCCGGCUGGCCAGAAGACCCCAGAUAGCGGGCAUGUCUCUCAGGAGCCCAAGUCGGAGAACUCUUCCACCCAGAGCUCCCCAGAGAUGCCUACCACCAAAAACAGAGCCGAGACAGCAGCGCAGAGGGCGGAAGCGCUGCAAGGUUUCUCCCGCUCCUCGUCCAGUGCCAGCAGCUUCACCAGCGUGGUGGAGGAGACGGAGGGCGUGGAUGGGGACGACACAGGCCUGGAGAGCGUGUCAUCCUCAGAAACACCCCAUAGGCGGGACUCCUUCCUCUACAGCACGUGGUUGGAGGACAGUGCCAGCACCGCGAGUGCGGGCAGCUCCCCAGGUCCCUCCAGGUCACCCCACCCAGACGCCGGCAAGUCGGGGGACCCUGCGUGUCCCGAGAUCAAGAUCCAACUGGAAGCCUCUGAGCAGCGCUCACCCCAGCUGAAGCACAAGGUGAAUGCUGAACGCGCCCAGGCGGCUGCCCCAGCCCCAUGGCCACGCCAGCCCACCGCCCCUGCCUCCCACCCCACCCCAGCCCACCCAUCGGGGCCGUCUCCGCAGGGCGGAGCUUCCAGAGCUGGGCUCCAGUGCUGCUGGCAAUUCCCCACCCCCACACUGGGGGUCUGAGCCAAGGCUGGGAUUGGUCAGUUGAAGCAGGAUGACAGCCCAAGCUUGCCCGCGGCUGGCUCUCCAUUACCCCAGGUUGCCUCUCUGGAGCCAGGUGCACAAGGGAUAAUGAGAGCUAGGUGCCCACAGCCCCCCAUGCAGGCAGCAGGUGUGAGGGGUGCGUUGUUCAGGUGCCCUCCUUCCCUGGGCCUGUCAGCUACAAACGGACAAGAUUGUUUCAGAGGUCCCUGAAGAAGACUGAGAUUCUGCCCGCCUGCCCCAGAAAGGGUCAUUGUCCUUCGAGGAACCUCCCCCGUCACAUUGACCCACUUCCUGAAACCUCUCAGGCCCCAGGUGGGCUAAGAGGCUGGGGCGCUUUACCUGUUACCCCACCUGGGCCCUCUAGCUGUACCACAGACCUCCUGGUACCCUUCCACUGUCUCCAUAUGAUAGCUGAGUGUCACCUGUGGAGGAGAGGGACAUCCUAGGCUCCUCACAGCCCCUGGUUUAACCCUGCCACCCCAUGCUCCUGGGCACUCCGGCUGAGGCGUCUCAACUGGCCUGGAGCCCGGGCCUUGCCAUCUCCUGCUCACCGCUGCGGUGGAGGGGCCGCCAGGCGGAGCCGCUGUGAGCCCAUGUCCCUGUGUGUGUGUCUGCACACUUUUAGGUGCCACACCAAAGGGCAACCUUCCAGCCCUACCAUCCACUUUGGAAGCCACGUGGCCACGUGUAUGUCCGUAACAGUUGUACAAAAUAAAUUCUAUUUAUCGCUAUUGUA